AGCUUUCAUAAAGACAAUGGUGGGGAAGAGGACGAAAUGAAGAGGGACGUCUGAUGGGAUCCCUCUGGAAGAAGAUCAGACAGGCGUCUGAGUACAAAAUGGUGUUGUUCAGCAGCACCAACGUCAAAAGUCUGCCGGACGGAGGCGCCAUCAGCCCCCCUGAGGAGCUUCGCAGGCCACUCAGACUUCCCUUAAAGGCUCCUGAUCAGGCAGGAUACAACUCGGAGAGGCACAGCAGCAAGGAGAGCAGCAUAGCCGUUGUACUGCCACAGAAACCCAGUGAGCAGAAGCAAAGCGCUGAGCUCUUCACUCCCACAGAAGAAAAGGUGGAAGUUAUAAAGGUCUACCUUAAAGCUCGGCACGAGACGACGCAAAGUGUCAGGAUGCUGACAGAUGAAGUGCCACAGAUUCAGGAGGUGCGGUACUGCCUGAAGAGUCUGAGAGUGCAGAUGGCUGCCAGACAAAACAGUAACUUGUACCAGGUUCCAGCAAACGACUUCAGAGUCAAAUUGCCCAGCAACCAACCACCCGUCACCAACAACAAUAAUGUCUCCCUUGACGUUCUGCUCAAGGACAAUCAGGAGGACAGCGCCAAGCUCAGAGAGGCGACCAGGCGUCUCUACGCGCAGCUGAAGCAGAUGGAGAAGCAGCAUCAGGAGGAGCGGGACAGACUGGAGGCUGAGUCGAAAGAGUACCGCAUCCGCUUGGCUGAGCAGUCAGAACGUCUGCAGGUGGUGGAGCUGCAGUCAGAGGAAAAAGGCCAACAGGUGGAGGAGCUGCAGAGGCUGCUGGAGAGCAUGAGGAUUGAGAGCAACCUCCUCAAAGACAAGAUGGAGGCAGGAGAGGCGGAGUUGCUGCAACUUAAAAAAGACAGAGAGGAAGGAGCAGAUGAGCAGCAAAGGUGCAAAGACCUCAAGAAUCAGGUGGCUGUGCUUAAGGAAAGGAUUCAUCACCUUGAUGACAUGCUGAAAUGUCAGCAAAGGAAGCUCCGUCAAAUGAUUGAACAGCUGCAGGACUCACGGACUAUACUCCAAGACAGGGAUCGGGUCAUCAUGGAUCUGGAGGAGAGGGUCGCUUUCCUGGAGGCUGAGAACAAGGAACUGCACGACCAUAUGGAGCACUUCCUAGCAGGACGGGACCCUCCUGCCCUGUCCACAGAAAACAAGCCAGAAAUUGUUUACAGCAAACCUUUGAUUCCAACAUCCCCGACCAACAAAGUCCUGCCUUUCAUCAAAGUCAUCGAGAUCAAAUCCUAAGCAACAUCCAAGGAAAUUGUCUAAAACAAAUUUGUAAAUAUGUUUUUACUUAUCCACUAUUAAUAUAUAUAUACAGAUUUAUAUGUAGUAGAUCUGCAGUGAAAGGACCUCGUUUUAAAAUUAUCACCUGUUAGCUGUUAUAUUCGUGGCUCUUACAUUCAGGAUCUUUGUUGCAUGUCAAAAAAACAAAUAGUACAACAUGAUGAACUCUUCAAAAGCAAAUAAAUGGCAUGUAUUGAUUUCCUGGAUGUUUCACACAGGCACAAGUCUGUGAUUUUAUACUUUGACAGGAGAACCUUCAGGAUACAUUGGCAAGAGUUCAAAGAACUUCAUGCUGGCUCUUGUGAAGAAUAAUGAUCAGUUUUAUAGCCAAACCAACUAGUCUGGGUCAAAUUAAAAAUUAAUCCUAUUGCUCUGAGGGUUUUAGCACCUUUUAAUAUACCAGUAAAAGUUUUCAUGCGGGUCAAAUUCCUGUGCUUUGCACAGACAUUGUUUACGUGUCAGGAUAUGUUUCUGACAUCAAAUUGUCUCAUAUGUGAAAAGAAAACAGAACAUUUUAACAUAUUAAAACUCUUAACUUAUGGUGGGUUUACACUCGUAAUCAUUCUCCAAACUAUUUUCUUCCAGUCCAGGCGUUACUUCUGCUAAAAUGAUGUUUAAUAAUGCUUAUUUAACAUUUUGUAUUGUUUGCAUCCAACAUCUUUCUGUUAACACUUUGUUGUAUUUCUAUAAACACUGUAGAUAGAACCCCCAAAGCUGAACAUGUUGUUGUAGAUUUUCUCCACUUUUAUUUAAACCUAAAUAAAACAGAAUAACCUGA